AACCUUCAGUGCACAGAUUAAAGUCAGUGUGCUGUCAUACGAUUCCUAAUUUUCCUUGAUUUUACCAGAUAAGACUUGUUUUCCGUAUGAGAAAUACAAACGGAUUUUGUUAAGAAAAAAUGGUUUUCCUUUAACAAGAGUAAUUCUACAUAAAUGACAUUGAGCGAACGCUUUAAAGAAGUUGAAACCCACCUUCGUGGUUUCAAAAUCACUGAUUUAUCAUCGCUGUCUUAUGGUACAGCUGGUUUUCGCCUGCCGGCUCAUAAGCUAAGUGGUGUAGCAAUACGACUAGGAAUACUGGCUUGUCUCAGAUCUUUGAACUUGCAUUGUAGAGCGAUGGGUAUAAUGAUAACUGCUUCUCACAACCCACCGUGUGAUAAUGGAAUAAAAUUAAUUGAUCCGGACGGUGGUAUGUUGGAUACUGAGUGGGAGCCAAUUGUUGUUGAUUUCAUGCGUUGCCCUGAAAAUUCUGUCUCCGAAUGGUUAUCGGAGCACUCUUUAUGUACAGAAGACAAUCAAUUGCCUCAUAUUGUUUUGGGAUAUGAUACUCGUGAGAGUUCGCCGGCGUUAGCAGUCGAAGCUAAACAAGGCAUCGAUAUGAUGCAUGGUGUUUGCCAUGAAAUCGGUCUAGUAACUACACCUCAGCUUCAUUAUUUUGUCCAAUAUAUUAAUACAAAUAAUAUUAUUGGCUCAAACCAAUUGCCUGAUUUGCAAACUAUUUAUGUUGAUCAGUUUGCUGAACGUUUCACUGCAGCUUUAGAGAAUCUUCAAAGUUGUAAUGAAUCGAUACAUUUAAAUGUUGAUUGUGCACAUGGUGUUGGGUAUAAAGUACUGGAAAAUUUCAAGACAUAUUUUUCUUCUGUUAAAAGUCCACGUAGAUUAAUUUUACAUUUAUACAAUAAGGAAAUAAAGAAAUAUGAACUCUUGAAUGAAAAAUGUGGAGCAGAUUUUGUAAAGAUUACAAUGCAUACACCGAAAUUAACUCCACCUCAAAAAGAAUCUAUCAUGUAUCCUGAUCGAUGGGCAACAAUUGAUGGAGAUGCUGACAGACUGAUUUAUUUUCGACCAGUUCUUACCAACUGCACACUGUCGUCAGAAGACGCUAAGAUUUGUGAAGGUGGUAAUGAUGAAUCACAUGCAGUAGGUGUUUGUUCUCAAUCAGUUGAACUUCUAGAUGGUGAUCGUAUAUCAUGUCUGUUUGCUCAUUUUCUAGUCAAAGUCUUAAAGUCAGUUUCUUCUGAACAUGAUUUAACUAUUGGAGUAGUUCAAACAGCUUAUGCCAAUUCUGCGUCUACUCGUUAUUUAACUGAACAACUCAAUGUAUCAGUAGUCUGUGUACCGACUGGUGUCAAGCAUUUACAUUAUGCUGCACAAAAUUAUGAUUUUGGAAUUUAUUUUGAAGCAAAUGGACACGGAACAGUCUUGUUUUCUACAAAAGUUCUGAACUUUGUAGAAAAUUUGAAUGUAAAUAAUCCACUACGAACGUUUGUUGAUUUAACGAAUACAUCAAUUGGAGAUGCUAUAGCUGAUAUCCUAUUAGUCGAAUAUACUCUGGCCUGGUUGAAUUGGUCACUUGUUAAUUGGUUUGCCAUAUAUAAAGAUUUACCAUCGAAACAGUUGAAAGUUACUGUUGCUAAGCGUGAUGUUAUUAAAGUUACAUGGGAUGAAAGAUCUAUCACAAAUCCAGUUGAAUUACAAGUCGCUAUCGAUGAAGCUGUUAAACAGGUGGAUAAAUCACUUGGUAAAAUUGGGAUAUCACGGGCGUUCGUUCGUCCUUCAGGCACUGAAAAUGCUGUACGUGUUUAUGCCGAGUCUUAUACACAUGAAGCAACUGACUGGUUAGCGGCAACAGUUUGUGUAUUAACUUACCAACUGGCUGGUGGAAUUGGUCCCCAACCCACUACUCCUGAACCUCUUUCUCUUAAUUGUAGUUAAUUAGUAAUUUUAUUUAUAAAAACGGAACUAAAUAUAUUACAAUUUUAUGUCUUUCCUCGUGUUUUUAGUUAUUAUUAUGUUUCUCUAUUAUCAGUGAUUUUGUUUUUGUUGUGAUUUCUGCUUUCACUUGUUUAAUUUUUGGCUACACACAACAUAUGCAGUUGUUAAUUUUUAUUAUUUGAUGAAGAGAUAAUCCGUGUAAUUGUAAUACUUCACUAUGCAACGCGACAAAUACAUAUAUAUUUACAAAGAAUACUAUUGUGUGCAUUUUGAUAUCGUCUGAUUGCUAUGUUUGGUUUUUUCUUAAAGUUCAACCAUUUUUUCCACUGUUAAUGUGAUGAGUGGUAAAGUAUGCUGGUUCAUUGGCUAAGUUGCUUGUGAAGGAAAUGAAAAAGGUUGUAAAAGAGUAUAGAAAAAAAGGAGUAGUAGAAGGCGAGGAAAACUGUAGAUAAAUAUACCUAACUGAAAAACAAUUUUUACCCCCUAAAUGAUGUUAACAGUGACAAGUUUAGUUUACAUAGUACAGGCAACAGAUAUUAGUUGUAGUAGUUGUUGUAACAGUCUUUGAUGCAUAAUAGGGUUUAUCUGUCAAACACUUAUGUAAUCACAAUUGUAAAUUCAUGAUAUAAUUGCUGUGGAGACAAUUCAAACUUAAUCUAUUAGUCAAUUGUCAGAAUACUCUGAAUGUGAAGUUAGUCAUUGGUAAAAACUCAUCAAAAAUAAAGAAG